AUAAAGAAUUAGUAAGACAUGGUGUUACCCGAUUUGCUACUUCAUUCUUGACAUUACAGAGCGUGCAUCGUCAAAAACAUACUCUGAGAAAUAUGUUUACCUCUGAGAAAUGGGUGACAAGCAAAUGGGCAAAAGAAGCAAAAGGCAAGAGGGCUGCUGAUAUCAUCUUAAUGCCAUCUUUUGGAAUCAUGUAGUUUAUAUAUUAAAGGUAAUGGGCCCUCUUGUUCGAGUCCUUCGAUUGGUGGAUAAUGAAAAUAAGCCUGCAAUGGGAUAUAUUUAUGAGGCUAUGGAUAGAGCAAAGGAGACGAUUAAAAGAUCUUUUAAUGAAAAUAAAGAAAAAUAUGAGAAAAUUUUUACAAUCAUUGACGAAAGAUGGAAUUGUCAACUUCAUCGUCCCUUACAUGCAGCAGGAUGUUACUUGAACUCUGAAUUCUUUUAUAAGAUUAAAUCUGUUGGAUUUGAUGCAGAAGUUUUGGGUGGGUUAUAUCAGUGUGUUGCAAGAUUAGUUCCCAGCAUUGAGGUUCAAGAUAAGAUUAUUCAUGAAUUAUCUUUAUAUAAAAAUGCUGAAGGUCUUUUUGGAAUUCCAAUUGCCGUUCGAUCCAGGACAACUACCUCUCCAGCUGAAUGGUGGAGUCUAUUUGGAAAUUCCACCCCGAACUUACAGAAAUUUGCUGUCAAAGUACUUAGUUUGACAUGUAGUGCUUCGGGUUGUGAGCGAAACUGGAGUGUCUUUGAGCAUAUUCACUCGAAGAGAAGAAAUCGGUUAGAACAUCAACGAUUGCACGAUCUUGUUUACAUAAAGUAUAAUCAAGCUUUGAAGACUCGUCAUGAUUUGAAAAAUAGAUUUGAUUCAAUCUCAUUGCAAGAUAUUGAUGAUUCAAAUGAGUGGUUAGUAGGAGAAAUGGGUGCUAACUUGCAAGAUGCUGAAGACGAGCUUGUAUUUGAAGAUGAUAGAUUGACGUGGGGAGAUGUGGCAAGAGCUUCAGGUGCUGGAGAAUUACAAACAUAUACAAGACAGAUGUCAAAGAGAAAAAUGAGUGCAAAAGCAUCAAGCUCGGCUCCUGCUAUUGUUGAAGACAUAGAGAAUGAAACAUAUCUUGAUGAAGAGGAAAGAAUCGAAGAACAAGAGGAAGAAGACGAAUUCAAUGAAGAUGAUUUGUGUGAAAAUGACGAUAAUAUUGAUUAUGAUGAAUGACUUUGAUGUAAAAUGUUAAUGUUUUGAAUUUUGAAACUUUUUGUUAAUGUGACAUUGUGAUUUUGUAUCUUAGAUUUUCUUAAUUUAAUAGCAUAUUUUUAUUUAAAAUUUUAAAUAAUUAUAUUUAUUAAUUAUAUUAUAUAUUUUUAUAUUUUAGCGCCUCGCUUCGCUCGGGCG